GAAUACACCCAGAUUAAAAGGUCACAUGAUCUGACGUUGAAAAUGGUGGAAGAGAAGUGGGUGUUUCUCGCAUAAACUUUGAAAAAAGAAACGCAAAAUCGAUGAUAUAGUCAAGAGUUUGUGUCCUCAGGAUGCAUUUCUCAAUACCAGAUACUCAAGAGUUCCACGAUGAAAGUGGUUCACCUUAUAUGGCCUUCAAUGUUCAUGUCAAUGGAGUGUUCCACUGUGCCGUGAGAUUCAAACAGUUACAUAACUUCCAUGAACAGUUAAAACGUGAAUUCGGAAAUAAUGUGCUUCCCCCAUUUCCACCCAAGAAGCUGUUGUCCUUGACGCCAGUCCAACUUGAGGAGAGACGAUUCCUACUUGAAAGAUACAUACAACUAAUCAGCCAAGAGCAAGACAUAUCCAACAGUGCUGUUUUUAAUAGUUUUCUGCUCAACGCACAACAGGAAACACAGCAACAAGAACCUGAAGAUGUGUCGUUGGAAAUAUUCCUCAUGAAUGGUCAUAAGAUCACAGUGAAUAUCCAAUCAACUGACCAGACGGAUCUUGUGUUGGAAAAAGUCGCGUCGCAGAUUGAAGUGCCGGAAGAAUUUGUGUAUUAUUUUGGUUUGUUCCUCAUCAGGAAAGAAACAGAUGGUGAUAAUUCAAUUGUGAGGAGACUGCAGGAUUUCGAGUCACCCUAUAUUUCGCUCAACGCUGCCAUGAAAGAUGGCUUGCAUCGGAUUGUUCUGAGGAAAAGUACAUGGGACUUGCAAUAUGACGACCAUUUACUUGAAGAUAGAAUUUCAAUGAAUCUAUUGUAUGUUCAGGCUGUGAAUGAUGUUGAGCGAGGCUGGGUGCAGCCCUCAAAGGACCAGUUGAAGCGGUUAAAUGCCCUCCAAGAAAAAGGAUCCAAAAAAGAGUAUUUACACUUCUGCCGAACCUUGAAGUAUUAUGGUUACAUCCAGUUCAAAACAUGUACCACUGACUACCCUCAUCCCGACUGCCGUGUGGUAGUGUCUGCGGGGAACCGAGAACUCAACUUUAGGGUGGAAGUCGGGUCGCAGUUUAAAGAGGGCAGUUUCAAAGUCACAAGGAUGCGAUGCUGGCGUAUUACAACAACGUACGCUGAAGCAAAUGGUGACACAGAUGAUAACAUGGAACAAGGGAAAGAUGGGAAGUUGGAGCUGGCGUUCGAAUACCUGAUCGCGAAAGACACGUUGAAAUGGGUGCGGAUAAUCAGUGACCAGGCGAUCUUGAUGAGCAUGUGCUUACAGGGAAUGGUCGAUGAACUGGUGCUGAAGAAACAGGGGAAAAAAAUACGGCGGCCUGCCGUGCGAAAAAAGGAACAGAGCCAUAAUUUCAUCAAGAGGGACAGCAGCACCAACUUCCUGAAGCAGAUAUCGUCUGGAGGUGGAGGAGAUAGGAAACAUGCUCAUAAAAAAAUUGUUGAGAAAAAAGUUGUUGUCGUGCGAACAGCGACUGACGACAGUCCAAGCGCAGCUCAGAACGCCGCUCAGAAAGCUAAACACUCAGUCAAACGAAUCCAAGACAAAAUCACUACUGCUGUCAAAUCUCCGCUGCGUUCUUCGGAGAACGAUGCUUACGACGGUGGCGUUGGCGACUAUGGAAUCGGUGACGAUGACUUGUAGCCCUCCUGGUGAUGUCUUAAAGUAUUAUUCAGACACGGCUCUGGUUCGAGACAAUCCUCCAAUGAUAUGGGACUAUACGUAUCGAAAUAUCUGUUUCGUGGACGACCGAUUCUAACCGCUGGUGUUGUCUCUGCUCGAUAUGAACAAGGUGCUAAUCACAGGCCAGUUUUUGUAAGCAUUGUGUUUUUGGCCAGGUUUAAUCAGCAGCGGCUGACCUCAAAACUCGGUGAGGUUAGCCAGAUCCACUGGAACAGGCACUCAUGUGGACAAGGUGAAACGUACUGGAGAAAGAAUAUAUUUAUUGACCUGAAGUAUUUUGAUUCAAUGGGUAAAAAGGAUAUUUUCGAAUGAAGGAGAUGAUGAAAGUAAGUUGAUCCUUGGCUUCGUAAUUACUUUUUGAUAAAAAUCUGUGCCAUAUUUGAGGUUUUUACUUUGGGUUUCUGGCUUAUAUAAGUUUUGAUAAUCGCAUAUUUUCGGGGAAGUGGUUCCAGGCAAACCUGAAAGAUGUUGCUCUGUGAUUUUCAAAAUUCCAUGAAUUGGCAUUGGCAAACUAUAACUAGAUUAGUAUUGGAUUGAAUUAGGAUUGUCGUCUUGGCAACCGUCGCAGUCAUUGAGAAGCCAUUGUUCCCGCGACUUUCCAAUGACAGCGACGCUAACAAGGACUUUUCUUUUUGGUAUCAUGUAUAUAGUCAUAUUUCUUGCUAAUUUACAACUUUUUUGGUCUUUUUUGUGAAUAAAUCAAUAAAGGAUUACAAUUUGUAUUUCCAAAUGCAGAUUUGUGUACCAGUAAUAUCAAUUAUAAAUGUACGUAACACACUUAUUUACUUCAGUGAUGAAAGGAUUUGCUUCUUUGUAAAGUCUUUGAUUAAAUUCUUAUCGUCUGUCAUAUAACACAUGUAUGAUCAUGAAUUGUUAUUAACUGUGAAACCCUUUUACCCCCCUGUGGGGCAGUGUGCAAGUAAAUUAGUCUUUAUUUCUUUAUAACGGUUUGUAUGCAUGUGAUGUAAUUUGUAAAAUAUGAAUCAAUCGAAGAAUUUUUCGACUGGAUGUAUGUUUUGUUACAUAUAAUGUUUUGUCUAAAAUAUUAUAAUUACCUUGUGGUAAAGUGUUUUGCUCAAGGCCAGGUUACGCAAUGUCGAAUAUUUCAAAAGGCCACCUCAGUUUACUGUAAACCGUGAAGUUUUCGCAAGCUUUUGUUUUCAAUUUUUGCGAAUUCAACAUCAAAGGCGAACUUAAACUGCCAGUAACCAUUAUAUAUCGGCAGCCAAUCGGAUAUUCUGUCUCUUGCCAAGUAAAAAUGAGCAAAUUCUCCAAGUUUUACGUUGCGAAAAUUUCACAAUUUACAGUAACUACUUGUAAAAAUUGUUCUAACUUCUGAUCUGUUUAUGCAUAGAAAUUUAGUCUUCCUUUCUUAGUAAAUGUAUAACAAAGUGCAAAUGUAAGAACUUCUCCACAGAAUUCUUCUAACAUAGCUCUUUACAGCCAGAGCUAAAAACAGUGAUUUCCUCUGGGCACAAGGUUCGCACAAUUAUUGCCAUUCUAAUUUAACGUCAGAUAUUGAAAACGUGUUGAUAAAGGCAUCAAGAUACAUUCGCAGUCGACUUUAGACCUCCAAACUCCACAAAAAAUCAAAGGUUUCAUUUCGGUAUGUCGUUAUUGUCAAAUUUCACCUCAUAUUACUCAAAUUUAGCCGCGAAAAAGGUAUAAAAUCAACAUCGUUCUGGCAGUAUUGACUAAUUCAUGAAACCCUGUAGGCCCAUGUGUUAUUAGCUGUCUGUACAUUUUGUAUAUUUCUAAUUUGUAUGCAACAAUUCAUGAAUCAUAAAGCCAAUUGAAGGUUGGACUAUUCAAAUGCUAUUUACUGUACUUAUGUAUAUACAUGUAUUGUUCAUUCAGACAACUGGAAACUUCUCCUGCAGUGAGUUUUUUGCUUUUUUGCUUUCAAACUUAUAAUCAAAACUUAUUCUAAUUUUCUCCACUGCUGUAAUUCUUAUUCCACAAGUCUUUCUUCUCGGCGGUUAUGGCCGUCUUCUUCAGGAUAUGGAAAACCUGCCUAUUACUUUAGGGCUGAAUCAGGAGGCCUGUGUCUGACCCUUGUAUCUUUUUAACAUGUUCAGUCGGACCGAUUUUGUCCAUAGGGGAUUAUUAGUCAAGUCUACCAGGUUAAAACACCUUUAUUUGUUUCAAAUGUGAAAUAGAAAAUUUCCAGUUGUGUAAUUAUGUACUUAUUCAACCAUGCCGCUCAAACCUUUGAAGGAACACACCAGGCCUUUAAUACUAGCAAAUUUAGACUACUUUAAUUUUCUCUGUAAAAUUCUCUUCUUCUGUGACAGACGCUUGUCAAGAUAUAUUUUUGUAACAAUUUCUUAAAUUCUAUGCAAAUAUUUUUACCAUUCGGUAAUAAACACAUUUCAUAAAUGAAA